AUGUACAGGAGACGAGGUGCUGCAGAACUCACCAGCAGAAAAAUGAAGAGAAUUCUGGUUCUUCUGCUUGCUGUAGCAUUUGUGCAUGCUCUAGAAAGAGGCCGAGAUUAUGAGAAGGAUAAAGUUUGCAAGGAACUUGCCAAUCUAGGAAAAGAUGACUUCACAUCUUUAUCAAUGGUCUCAUACAGCAGAAAGUUUCCCAGUAGCACAUUUGAACAGAUCAGUCACCUUGUGAAUGAAGUUGUCUCCUUGACAGAAGCCUGCUGUGCUGAAGGGGCUGACCCGGACUGCUAUGACCUCAGGACCUCAGCAUUGUCUGCUAAGUCCUGUGAAAGUGACUCUCCAUUCCCAGUGCACCCGGGAACUGCUGAGUGCUGUACCAAAGAGGGCCUUGAACAGAAACUCUGUAUGGCUGCCCUGAAGCACCAGCCACAAGAAUUUCCUACCUACGUAGAGCCAACAAAUGAUGAAAUCUGUGAGGCAUUCAGGAAAGAUCCCAAAGACUUUGCUGAGCAAUUUAUGUAUGAAUAUUCCAUUAAUUAUGGACAAGCUCCUCUACCACUCUUAGUCGGUUAUACUAAGAGUUAUCUCUCUAUGGUAGGGUCCUGCUGUACCUCACCAAGCCCAACAGUAUGCUUUUUGAAAGAGAGACUCCAGAUGAAACAUUUAUCACUUCUCACCACUAUGUCAAACAGAGUCUGUUCACAAUACGCUGCUUAUGGGAAGGAGAAAUCAAGGCUCAGCCAUCUCGUAAAAUUAGCCCAGAAAGUGCCUACUGCUGAUCUGGAGGAUGUUUUGCCACUAGCUGAAGAGAUCACCACAAUCCUCUCCAAGUGCUGUGAGUCUACCUCUGAGGACUGUAUGGCCAAGGAGCUGCCUGAAUACACAGUAAAGAUCUGUGACAACUUAGCCACAAAGAAUUCUAAGUUUAAGGACUGUUGUCAAGAAAAAACGCCCAUGGACGUUUUCAUGUGCGCUUACUUCAUGCCUGCUGCCCCAACACCAGAGCUGCCAGCUGUCGAGCUGCCCACAGGUCAAGACGUAUGUGAUAAAGGAAACACCAAAGCCAUAGAUCAAUAUAUAUUUGAACUAAGUAGGAGAACUCCUCUUCCAGAAGUAUUCCUCAGUAAAAUCCUUGAGCCAACCCUGAAAAGCCUUGCUGAAUGUUGUGAGUCUGAGGACUCUGCUGCCUGCAUUAAUACACAGGGCCCUCAACUGAAAAAGGAAUUAUCUUCUUUCAUUGACAAGGGACAGAAACUGUGUGCAGAUUAUUCAGAAAACACUUUUACAGAGUUUAAGAAGAAACUAGCAGAACGAUUAAGAGCAAAAUUGCCUGACGUCAGUGCCCUGGAACUCCAAGGGCUGAUUGACAAGCGUUCAGACUUUGCCUCCAAGUGCUGUUCCAUAAACUCACCUCCUCUCUACUGUGAUUUAGAGAUUGAGGCUGAAAUGAAAAAUACCCUAUAG